UUGGCGGUGUGCUGAAACAAGCCUUUUGUGGUUUGUGCCACAGCUACGCUCUCGUGCAUUUCUGUUUUUCAUUCAGAAGCCAAACCUCUUCAUCAGCAAGAGCAAGAGAGCAAAUGGAACAGAGCAAGACAUGAGGAACCUUGUGUAUGCGAUUAUUUAUGGAACCAUUAUUGCUCUUGGUUUGCCACUCAAUAUUUUAUCUCUGUGGAUUCUGCUUCGUCAUCAUGGACGAAAGUCGCCCAGCGCCGUCUUCAUGGGCAACCUGGUGAUAUCAGACCUGCUGCUCAUCCUCUCUCUGUCCAUGAGGGUCUACUUUUAUGCUGUGGACAGCUGGCAUCUGGGUGUGAUGUGGUGCGUCUGGUUCACCAUGCUCUUUCGUAACAACGUCCGCACGAGCGCCAUCUUCAUCACCUUUAUUAGUGUGGACCGGCUGCUGGCUGUGGUUUAUCCGUUGAGGUCGAGGCUUAUUCGGACACCAGUCAACGCCGUGAAGGGCUCUAUUUUUGUCUGGGUGAUUGUAGUGUUGGUGAAUAUCCCAGAGAGUGUGGGCUUUCUGAGAAGUUUUGAGAAUCAAACAUGUUUUGAUUCUGACACAGCAAAUAUGACUCAAACCAGCAGAAGAAAGGACGAGAUACUGGAACUCACAAUUGGCUAUUUCCAGCUUGUGUUACUGCUGACCAUGCUGGCAGUUAACAUCAUCUCCACAGUUAUGGUGUCCUGUACUCUCCAAAGACAUCUAAGUGAGUCUGCUAAGAUCAAUAACAAACUGAACGUCAUGCUGAUUUUUGCCAUGAACCUGAUGAUGUUCAUCGUUUUCUUUUUGCCGGUGUCUUUGGUUGUGUUCUUUGAUCACCUGAAGCCCGUUCUGAACUGCGUUGCAAGUGUGAAUUGCUGCCUGGACCCUCUGUUGUAUUACUUUUCUUUUGACGGGUUCUGGAAAAGGAAGGAGGAUGUGGAAACAUCUCUUGCGAGUCGCGCAACAUGAACAGACUGACACAAACGUGGCAGAGAUAAGAUUAAAUCUUUUUUUUUCUUUUUUUACAACAAAUUAUGCUUGUAUCAGUGUGUUUCUUGUUCUAUCUAGUAAAAAUAUAUAUUAAAAAAUUGAACCAGAAAAUUUUUUGGUUGACUUUUGAAAUUUUAAUUUUUUUUUAAAUAAGAUUACUAGAUUGCUACAUUACUUGAAUAAACUCAUAAAAUUAAUUUAAGUUUUAUUGCUAAUUUCACAUUAAACUAAGUAGCUGCUAUUUUCUAGAAAGUUGUCAAGGAAUGCAUUAAUUUGUUCUAAAGAGCAUCUUUAAAGGUGAAAUUAAUUGAAAUCGUAUUUGCAAAUAGAAAUUUGGUAUAACCUGACAUCACAGCCUCAGAUUGACGUUUUAUCAUGAUUUUAUCUGAUGUUGUAAAGAGUUAUGAGGCAACAGGAAAUUAUGUUUUACAAAUGAAAAGGGUGCCGUUUUUUGUAUCCUGUCGAUUUUAGUCUGACAAUCUCAAUUAAAAUCCUGAGCAAUAACCUACCUUUAGAAGUCGCCUGACUAGUUAAUGAAGACAAUAAAUAGAGAAAUACAGAAGAACACAACAAUUAGAUCAGAAUAAACAUUUUGCAAAUUUUCCUGAAUAAAACUUCUUAAAAAUUGAUGCGCAUUUGUUGUGCAGAAGGAAAAUGCAAGCCACAUUUUUCUGAUUUUUUAUUUAUUUCUUAAUAUUGAACAUCUUAUAUCUUUUUCCUCCUACUUUUGGACUAUCACAUGAGAUACCUAUAAAAUACUUUAAACUGUGCAAUUGCAACCUGACAAAUCUUAAAUGUUCAUAAGCUAUGAAUACUUUGCCACGGCACUGCAUGUUACAGAAAAAAUUUAAUGUAAGGUCUAUGUUUGUUGCCGUGAUGAGUUAUUCUUGCCCAUCAGAAAGUUACACUUGUCUUUUUUAAGAAUUGCUUCUAUUUCUUUAUCCUCCCUGGUCCUUCUUUUUAAAUGUGUCACUUGAAAAAUAAAGCAAACCACAGCAAACAUAAGAACAUAACAUCUUUGUUUCCCGCUUCUGCCCUCAUAACUGCAUUUAGAGUUUUCAUUUUGAGCACAUGAGAUGUGUUGCUUUGGAAUAAGAUGCAGAAUUUGUAUGCAUAAAAUGUUGCCUCUUGUAAAUAAAGUAAGGUCGUCGGUCCAUAAGGCUGCGGCUGGCCAGA